GGAAAUCUUUAGCGUGGCUGGUUUGAGCCAUGUCGUGUAGCAGGAACCAUAGUUGAGGGAGCAGCUUGUGCUUGUGGUGCCCGAUGGCGGGCGCAACGAGCCUGACUGACUUCAAACAGCUUGCUCUACUGGGUGAAGGAGCAUAUUCGGCAGUCUAUAAGGUCCUUCGACUCGCAGACAAUGAAAUCUAUGCGUUAAAGAAGGUGAAACUGCCGUCUCUUUCCGACAAAGAGAAGCAAAAUGCGCUCAAUGAGGUGCGGCUUCUUGCUUCUGUGAAACAUCCCAACGUUGUGGCGUACAAAGAAGCGUUCUGGGAUGACAAAACACGAUGCCUUUGCAUUGUUCAGGAGUGUGCUGACGGAGAUCUCCUUCAGCAAAUCAACAAGUGUAAGCAGGAACGUGCAUAUCUUCGCGAGGCUGACAUUUGGCGAUAUCUCGAUGGUAUGUGCCAGGGCUUGAAGGCUCUUCACGAUAUUCGCGUGCUUCAUCGUGACAUGAAGUCAGCGAACGUCUUUUUGAGUCAUACUCGAGAUGGCACCAUCGCAAAGCUUGGAGACUUUAAUGUGUCCAAGGUGGCCAAGCGAGGUCUUUGCAUGACGCAAACAGGAACACCCUACUACGCCUCACCAGAGGUUUGGCGGGACAUGCCGUAUGAUGCCAAAAGCGACAUGUGGUCAUUAGGUUGCAUCCUCUAUGAGAUGGUUGCUCUCCGACCACCUUUUCGAGCGGAAGAUAUGGAAGGGCUGUACCGCAAAGUCGUUCGUGGGCAAUACCCACGAAUUCCUGCCCACUACAGUCAAGACCUUGCAGAUGUAAUUGCUGCGCUACUGCAGGUUCAUCCCCGCAAUCGCCCAGCCGUAGAUCAGCUGUACCAAAUGCCCCAGAUGGCCAGACACUGUGGUGGACUUCCACGAGAGGAGAAAUUCACCUCAGACCUGCUCUCAACCAUCAAGCUUCCAAAGAAUGCGAUUGAUUUAAGUGGCUGCUUGCCAAAGCCCCGCUAUCAAGUGGAUUUGCGGGACGCUCUUUUGCCAGAAGAGUCUGAACGCUUUGAAGACAGCCCUGAACGACAAGUGCCACGACGCAUGCCCUCAAGUGAGCAGGGACAAGGUCUCCCUCCGCUGCCGAACAGGGGCACGAGAGUCAGCGGCAGUUCUGGUGCUGGAUUGCGUGCCGAGGAAGCUGGUGACAGUCUGGAUGCAUACUUACAGCAGCGCAUUGACGGCCGUGAUGACGCAAGUCGAGCUCCACGGCGUCCGCAGGAGAUUGCUCCCUCUCGUCCUGAGAGUGGCAGCGUCGCUCCGAGUGCCUAUCAGGCAAGUGCGGUUCCAAGCCGGCAACCGCGGCUACCUGCAGUAGGAGAAUCUCGAGGAGCAUCGUUGAAUCCACACUACAAUGCUCCAGGGCAAAGGCAACGUGAAGCAAGGAGGCCAAUGUCCAUUUACUCGAGGCAGCAGUAUGAUUCAUCGCAGCCUCCAGGGCCUUCUGGGGCUCGUCCGGACAGAGACGACAGACCUCCAAAGGAAUCAGGUGCCAAGAAGCGCUCCCUCAUUCCGAGGCUUUUCUAGUCCAUGGCGGCUUGUAGCCGACGAGCAUUCUGUGCAUGCCCUGUUUUCACCUCGCGUUUCAUGCGCCUUGGCACUGCCUUGGCACUGGCGAACCAAUGAGAUCAAAUUGAGAUCAAAUUGAGAUCAGAGAUCAAAUACGGAUUGUGUACAGAUUGGCGCGUGGAGUGUGCUCUCCUGCACCUGACCAUCAGGGAUUUGUAUGUGGAAUAGUCGAAUAGUCCUUGACUUACGCAACACUCCAAAGGAGAGAGGCGGCAUCUAACAAAAUGAUUCAAAAUG